AUGGAGAAGAGGCUAGUGGAAACUGACCUGUUCGGCGAGAUGGGGCGUUGGAGCAAGCCCUCGAUCUACCGGGUGCCGGAGUGGGUCAAGAAUAUGACCACCGAUAGCGAGCAGGCCGCCUACUACCGGCCGUUGUUGGUGUCACUAGGUCCAUUCCACCAUGGCAAGGGUCACCUCGCCGACAUGGAGAAGCACAAGGAACGAGCGGUGCUGCAUAUAGUCAAGCGGUCUGGCAAGCCGCUCAGUGAGUUCAUCACCGCGAUUGAGGGGGUGAUAGACGAGCUGCUGGACGCAUACGAUAAUCUGGAAGACAAAUGGCGCAAAGCAGAGAGACACCUCUUUGUGAAGAUAAUGGUGCUAGACGGGUGCUUCUUGUUGGAGAUGUUGAAGGUGGUUUCAGAUAAAGAAGCACCUCGUGAUUACGCGACCAACGAUCCAGUCUUCAGCGUGCAUGGCAUGCUUUGUUUGUGGGUAGGCAUCCGGUGUGAUAUGCUCGUAAUUGAGAACCAGAUUCCUCUGCUUGCAUUGUACAAGCUUGAAGAAAUUUGGCGCGGCACGGCACUUCUGGUUGUCGAAGGCAGUGUAGAGCCGCACAAGAAGCCACUGGCACAUGAGGGCACACCAAUAUAUGACGGUGACACAAAGGAGAAGACCUCAUAG